AUUGUCAACAAUUGAUGCCAAUUUACCAGUGUGUAUGAAUUCAACUUCUGCGGUUUCAUGAAAAAGACGAUAAAGCCAAUUUUUUGGUAUAUAUAGUCCCCCAGCUCAUCCUUCUCAUCAAUUCAAAUUCACAGUCCAUUUGGAGUGUAGUUUGGUGUGCAUCGAAUAAUUCACUUUUUUAUUUCGAAGUAAAAUUUGAAAAACAAUCUGCCAAAAUGAAAACCGACUUCAUGUUCAAGGGAAUGAUGGUGCCAGUGUUCACCCCAUUCAACGAUGACAAGAAGCAUUCAAUCAACUACGAAGUCAUCGACAAAUAUGCUAACUAUUUGAAAUCAAUGGGAAUGCAAGGAAUCAUGCUCAAUGGUAUGACUGGCGAAGGCAUGACAUUGACUGUUGACGAGCGCAAAAAGUUGACCGAAAAAUGGUUAGAAGUGACACGUAAGUACGACUUGAGAAUGCUCCUUAACAUCGGUGGUAUAGAUCUUGCUGAUGUGUACGAAUUGGCCGAACAUGCGGAAAAAUUGAAGGUUGAUGCCGUUAUGGUGACACCAGACCUCUUCUAUAAACCAAAAACUGAAGAGGAUUUGAUGUACUACUUGAAGGACAUCAUGGCACGUAUGCCAACUCGCCCAAUGUUCUACUACCACAUUCCGAUGUUCACUCAAGUCUACUUGGACUGGUACUACUUCUUGACUCAGUAUGUUGAGAAGGAAAUUCCAACAUUCGCCGGAUUCUACUAUGCCGAUGACCGGAUUGACAAGGUGAUUUACUUGAAACACAAAUUGCCUGAAUACAAUUACAUCAUUGGAGUGGGCUCGGCAAUGAUGGGUUUGAUGGCCGAAGGAUUCGAUGCCAUUUCAAUGACCGCAAUGAAUCUUUACCCCGAAAUGGUAAAAGAGUUGUACGACUACAUGUUGGGCUAUAAGAUGCACGAAGCCUACAUCUUGAAAGAAAAGAUGAUCAAGAAGAUCUAUGACUUGUUCCAAACGAGCUCAAACGUAGACUGGUUGCGAAUCAUGAAAAUGGAAAUGGACAAAUUGCAUCCACAAUUCAAAGUUGGUCCAAUGCGCAAACCAAAAUUGACCAAAAUGAUGUGGUGGUCCGGAAAAUACUAAAAUCAUACCCAGAAGCAACAACUGACCGUUCAUCGCAAUGAAAUAAACAAUUGUAGUUGAUAACUUUUUAUGAGAAAAUAAAGAGGCCUCUUAGAUUGAUCGCAAAUAAAA